UCCAUCUCCUCCAAGUCGCUUACGGUCGGUACUUGGCCUUCAGCCACCAUGAUCCCAACCACACACUCGCCGAGCAUAUUAUCCCAGUUAACCCAGGGGUGUACCUCCAUGAACAACUUCCCGCCGUCUUUACCGGCUGCUCUUCUCAACUCUCCCUCGCCGCCUGGAUGGAAAGGAAGGCUUCCCUUUCCGGCCGUUCAUCUCCUUGAGCAUGGAUGGCGUCACGCGCAUGAGCGAAUCCACACCUGCCAGAUUCUUGCCAGAGCGCUGCAAAUUGGCCCAAUCAAGCGGGGAGUGACCUGGAGAGAGCUGUAUUUUUCCUCGCGCAUUUGGCGUUUUGACUGUCGGAGCUAGCCCGCCACUC